AUUCCUUAACAGCACUCAGUGUGCCGAGUCCUCAUGCUGAAGGCGGCGGUGAAGCCCGCUCUGUGCGCUUCAGAACCGGCCAGAUAAGGGGCUCCACAGCGGCUCGGCUUCCGUCAAGCCUGGUGAGCUUUUCCUUCCAGCUAGUGGGUCGACCGACGGAGUACAAAUCGUCCGCCACAUUCCAACGCGACGAUGUCGGAGUUCCUGGUAAGUCUGCUCGGAGAGCGGCUCGUCACCGGAGAGAAAGCCGAGGUGGACGUGCACGCGCUGGGCAGCGGGCUCGCGCUCGUCGGCCUCUACUUCGGCUGCAGCGUGAACGCGCCGUGCCGCCAGUUUAACAGCAGCUUGGCAGACUUCUACUGCCACUUCAAAACAUCCUCCGAGCACAAGGACAAACUGGAAAUUGUCUUCAUCUCGUCCGAUCAGGACCAGAAACACUGGCAGGACUUCUUGCAGGAGAUGCAAUGGCCGGCGUUGCCUUUUAAAGACAGACACAAAAAGAUGAAGCUGUGGAAUAAGUACAAGGUGACCAGUAUCCCCUCACUGGUGUUUGUGGACGCAACAACAGGGAAGGUGGUGUGUCGCAACGGUUUACUUGUGGUGAAAGACGACCCUAAAGGUCUAGAGUUCCCGUGGGGGCCGAAGCCCUUUGCGGAGGUGGUGGCCGGACCCCUGCUCAGUAACAAUAGGCAGACGACAGACAGCAGCACCCUGGAGGGUUCCUACGUGGGGGUUUACUUCUCUGCUCACUGGUGCCCUCCCUGCCGCAGUCUUACCCGAGUGCUGGUGGAGUCUUAUCGGAAAGUGAAGGAGUCGGGACACAAGUUUGAGAUCGUGUUUGUGAGCGCUGACAGAUCAGAAGAUUCCUUCACGCAGUAUUUCAGCGAGAUGCCGUGGCUGGCCGUGCCAUACACAGACGAGGCCAGGAGAUCCCGCCUCAACAGACUCUAUGGCAUACAAGGGAUCCCCACACUAAUUUUUCUGGACACGGAAGGUCACAUGAUCACGCGGCAGGGCCGGGUGGAGGUGCUCAAUGACCCAGAAUGCCAUCUUUUCCCCUGGCACCCACGGCCUGUGCUGGAGCUCAGCGAGUCCAAUGCUGUACAACUCCAUGAAGGCCCCUGCCUCGUUCUGUUUGUAGACGCAGAGGAGGAGGGUGAGCUGGAGCCAGCCAAGGAGCUCAUCCAGCCGAUUGCUGAGAAGAUCAUGGCCAAGUACAAAGCCAAGGAUGAGGAAACCCCGCUGCUCUUUUUUGUGGCUGGAGAGGACGACAUGAGCGACUCUCUGCGCGAUUACACCAACCUGCCUGAGGCGGCGCCACUGCUCACCAUCCUGGAUAUGUCAGCCCGUGCAAAGUACGUCAAAGACGUGGAGGAGAUCACGCCGGCCGUGGUGGAGCAGUUUGUCACUGACUUUCUAGCCGAGAAGCUCAAACCGGAGCCAAUAUAAAGUUGGACAGUACUACAUCUCCUAUCAGCCCCGUGACUUCCACUUCCCUUCACUCCUCCUGUGAGACUCUGAGAAGCUUCACUUUGUACUGACUCGUGUUUUUUUUUAAACAAACACUACCCCACAUCCCUGGAGUCCUUCUUUCUCUCCUGUGGUGCCUUGCAUAUUUACAGCCAGGAUGGUAAAAUUUCCUAAAAAGAUUUUUCUGUUGUGGCAGUACAUGUCAGAAUGUAGAUGAAACAGCUACAGUACACUUGGAAUUAAAACACUUUCAUUUUAUUUUAUUAAAAAUUAAUAAGACAUGGCUUUUAUUUCCACAUAGUGCUUUCAGUAAGAAAAUCCUGGUGCAUUUCUAAGGAACGCAGCACACACGUUUCAGGAACAGGCUGCACUUCUGUCCUUAUGGGUGCUGAUUAUACACUUUCAUGGACAACCUGAUAUCUCCGUAAAGAAAGUUCACAAAGUCUGUUCAUUUGUUAAAGCAGUUUUAUGCAGUUGGCUAUUCAUGAACCAGAAAUUAACUUUUUUCCAAGAGUUCUUGAUAUUCGAUGUAACACAUUUUCCCAUUUCAGUCACAUUUCAGUGGAUUUUCUGUGAAGGUCCAGUUUAAUAAAACAGUAUAAUUUUGAAGGCACAGAAUAGCAUUUAGCAAGUUUCCACACUAAAUGUAGGCAUUCAAUAGUGUACAGCUUCUGUCUCUCCUUCAUUGUGUUUCUCUUGAGCCCUGGCCAUUAAAACUGACUGUCUUGGU